AUGAGUUACAAAUUGCAGAUCAUAAUAAUCUUCAUCCUGAAUUUAGUAAUUCUUGAUCACUGUAUCUGUGCAGAAUUUGCUGAUUCAUUGGAGAAUAUCAUCAAGGGGGGAUAUAAUGAGGAUGAAUUUAACCCUCUUUUUGUGGAGGAGUUAAAUGAGAUAAAAAAUGAUCCAGAAAAUAAAAAAAAAGAUAACUUUUAUAUAAGGCUUAGAAGCGGGCAGUGGUUUGCUUUAAAACAACAGGUUGAGUACGACUCUUCUGAAAUGGGUUUAAAAAGAGUGUUUGGUGCACUUCCAGCUAACCCAUUUUCAGGAAACAUUUUCACUCCUUCUUUGAACGAAGUCGAACUUGGUGAUAAAUAUUGUGAAGCUCUGCUUGAUAUGAGAAAUAAAGGUAUUUCUGCAAAGAUAGGAUUAAAAAUAGCAAAAGAUGGGUUAAUAAGGCAAAAGUUUUGUUCGGAUGCAGCUGAACUUUACUUUAACGGCCUGCGCCCAAGACCUGCAACAGUUGCUCAGAAACAAAACGAGAUAGAAAAGUUAGGGAACAUUGAAUAUUUCGAUUUCGCUACCAUAGAAAGCAUUCAUAGUAAAAUUGAUACUCUUGGAAUAUCUAAAGGUGCAAGACCAAGGCAAAAUAGCAAAUAUGGUUCAGCAUUAAGCUCUCAAGAAGCAGAAUUAAUUACAAAGCAGACACUAUUACGUAACUUUUUACAUAUUGUAAAACAGCUACAUCUUAAUACUUUAAGAAAGGAUCCACUAAGGCUCAGAGAAUAUUUUCCAGGGACUUUGUUGCAACUUAGGGAUGCAAUAGAAAGUGAUGACCCUGAAGUAGUUGCCGUCAAAUUACUUCGGCUUGGCCCAACAUCUGAUCUAUUGGAACAAUUUAUUAAUAACCAUAGGGGUAGGAGAGAUCUAUUAUUGUUAAAGACAAACAAAAAGUUUCAAAAGAAAAAGAGUGGUACAUUUGAUGAAUGGAUGGAUCUUAUAUCAAACACAGACCUCUCAGCAGUAACAUUACCUGCUCUUGAAUACUUAGCAUAUAAACAUGUUGCGUUAACACCAAGUAUAAUUACUCUAAUAAAAAGACUUUAUGAUUUAAUAGUAAAAGAAAGAGGAGCAAAAAAAAAUUAUUUUAUUCCACAAAUUAUUGAAGCUUUAGAUUCUCUCCCAGAUGUUGUAAAAGCUGAUAUUCGUGUGUUUUUUGAAUUGAAUACCAAACAUGGUUACUAUAGAAUAAACACAUUGGAGAAAAUUAGAUCAAUGAUCAUGAUUAUUCAGCCUUUAUUAAAGACUUUCAACCAUUUUAGUGAAGAAGAAUUUAAAAAAGUACUUUCUAAUACUGGCCUAAGCCAAAAUGAAAUUAGCUACUUUAGUAGAAAUAUUUCCAAGAUAUUACUAACAAUAUUGGAAAGAAGAAGACUUCAAAUAAAGGAAAAUGAUGAUGAUGAUGACUUAUUAAAUAAUGGGCCUAUAAUUUCUGUUAAUUCUAUAAUAGAGAUGAUUCAAAAGAUGAACAACAGUUCACUGGGAGCAAUCAUGGACCAUAUAGAAAGUGUUGUUCCAAAUUUCACAAAUAAAAAUAUGUACAGUGAGGCAACUGAACAACAAAGGAAGGAGAUUGAAGCUCUUGUUAAACUUCCUUCUUCUCCAAUAAUAUCUAAGCAAUUAUAUAAGGAAUCGGUUUUGAGGCCACUGCUAACUGAUGCAAUUCCAAAUGAAUAUGGAAUGUUGGACAAAUUUAUCAGGGGCUUUUAUAUAUUAAUGACAGAAACUGGGGUUCGUUUACAAUUCUAUUUAAGAAAUGGGUUUGAAGACAAAGCUCUAGAUGUGAAUGAAGAUAAGUACAAAAGUAACAAAGUGUUUUUGGAGGAUAAUAUGAGGCACAAUUCAGAAUUAUGGUUCGGUUCAAUGAAAGUUUUAUUAGAAGAAUCACUAUUUCCGUACGAAUUAGCAACUAGACGCCUUUUACAAUAUAUAAAAGAAUGCAAAAUAGGAUUUAAGUUUGGAUAUAAUGAAGAAGAAUUAAAGAAAAGAUCGUCCGAAAUAACUCAAGAAUAUUUACAAAAGUUACUUGACAACUUCGAAUCGGUAAAAUUGACGGAAAAGAAAUUGAACCCUAUCUUUAUAGGAGAAAAAGGUAAUAUGCUGUUACUUCCGAAUAGAAGACAUCACUUAAUCAAUUAUAUUUUUCAAAAGGAUGGUGGAUCAUUAUACAAAAUACUUAAAAAUGAAAAGCUAGAUCAAAUAUUGGUUGGGCUGGUCGAUUUGUUGGAAGAGAUACAAAUUCCUAAAAAAGAAGAGGUAAAUAUUGAAGGCCCAUAUUGGGAUAGAGAAAAGAAUGAAUGGGUUAAUGCUGAUAAAAUGAAAAAAAAUGAUGUUGAAGUUAUUUAUGAGCCUCAGAAAGUAACAGAUCUGCCUAUAAAUAGGGAACAGGAAUGGGAAAGAAUUGCACUAUUCAGUAAAUGGUCAGAAUUUGUUAAGGGAAUUCCUAUAAAUUCUAUUCCGAAUGGAUUUAAGUUUUCAUUUGGACUAUACUCUAACUUUAUUUAUUUUUGCCAAAGAGGUAUUAGGGAGUUAGCAUAUAGACUAAUUGUUCGUGACAAGCCAACAAAUACAGAACCCGAAGGAAAAUACUGGGAGUAUCUUCCGAGAAACAAGUACUCGAUUUUAAUUAACGCAGAUAAUUCAAAAGCACGAGAAGAAAAGGUUUUAUCAUUUUGUAGUGCAGUUUACAUUUCAAUUUAUUCAGAAAAAGGAAUCCCCUCAGAAUAUAAGGGCUCGCUCCCCAAUGUUUGGUCUAAAGAAACUGACAAAUACGAAAAGGAAGCUUUCAUUACCCCAAAAGACAAAUCCAAGAAAUUACGCUACCAUUUGGACGAUGUUAAUGAACAAUGGUCAUUUAUUGCCACUGAAGCAAGAAAACCAGGAAUAUUUACGGCACCUACAAUCCCAACUGACAGCUCUUUAUUAGGGGAUGUUUGGAGGAAGUUAUACGUUGACCAUCAUAUUGCAACUAGUUCUGUAAACGAAGUGGAUGCGAAAAUUUCUAUUCUUGCUGAUAUGUGUUCAAGAGCAAUCCAGAGUUUAAGACAAAAGAAGAAUUACUAUGGAGAACAAUUAUAUAAAAUGGUUUAUGAUGGGGAGAAUUCUAUUGAAAUAUUUUGCCAUGAUGUUUCAAGAAGGUGGUUUAGUCAGUGGCCAUCUGAUAUAUCAAAUGAUAUGCUCUUAUCAAGCCAACCUGAUAAUCAUGAGAACCAGGCACUUAAACCGUUCGACAGAAGUUAUUUGAAAAGUAAAAAGCCUGCAGAGAGAAAUAUUAGAGAAGGAUUUUCAAGAACAACAAAAAAUAUUUCUCCAAUAGUUAUGGAAGAAUUCAACUUUAAUAAAAUUUUAAAGAAGGCACAUUCUAUGGACGAAAUUCCAUCAGAACUUUGUGACGAAAGUGUAAGAGAAAGUUGUAGUCACAGAAUGGCAGGAAGCUCUGUGACAUAUUCUACAUCCUCUGUCAAUCUGGGUUCUGGAAGUAUGUUAUUAAAUACUGAUGAAAUCAAAGGAGCGAAUCGUAGAAAAAAAUACACCGAAAAAAAACAAAAAAAUAACCCAUCAGAAGAUUUUUUGUCGAGAAAUAAAAUUAUAAAUAUUAGAGACAUCUUAGAUUUACCUGAACCCAUUUCCAAAAACCGCAAAGCAACAAGCAAUACUAUUUCUAAAAUAAAGGUGGCGGAAAAUGAGUCUGCAAUCAAUAGAAAAAAAUUCUCCACAAAAGAUACAAAAACUAACAAAACUUUUUCUGAAUUGAUUGACUAA